UUCACUUCUGACUGACGGUGUGAUGAUGGCACUGCAGCUACAGAUUUUCUUUCUAGUCCUUGUUGUGAGGGGCAUGGCAGGGGCUUUGGAAACAAGUCACAUAAGCGUGAUGGAGGGGCAGACACUAAUUAUCAGCUGUUCAAUUCAUGAUGCCAGUUUCACGCAUCUAGAAUGGAAAAAUCCACAUGGCUUUGUGAUAUUCUUCAACAGCCAUAGAGGUAUCCGAGACAAACGCUACAGUCUUGUCAACUCUUCCCACUCAGAAUAUACAUUUAGCCUGGCUAAUGUCACUUUUAAAGAUGGAGGCCAUUAUACAUGCUUACAGUACGCCAAAUCAGUUACAACAAAGCAUUUCCAAGUGACGGUUCUAGGUUACCCUAAACUGGAGAUGACUGAGCAUGAAGACAGGACCGCAAUCAAAUGUUCAGCAGAGGCAAACUAUCCUCCCCCCAGAAUAUCUUGGCUAUUUGAAAGUGGAUUACAGCUUGAUGCUCCCCAUGCCCAGUACCAGUGUGAUGGAAUUACCAACAAAUUCCUGACAAAUAAAAAAUGUUUGUCAGUUGACAUUCUCCGAGUCAAAUCUCACAAGAGGAGGGUGACUGUGAAAUGUAUUGUUCACCACAAAGCCUUGUACAACUCCCAUCUGAUGAAUUUCAUAUCUAUUGGAAAAGAUACUACAGAAGAAGAAUUCUCAACUACAACAGUAGGAUAUUGGUCCAGUACAGCUGAUACAACAGAACAAGCAACACAAUCAACCACAGACCCUCACUCAGGAAAUAACAAUAACAUCACAGCAACUGUGACCACUGUAUCAGCAUUAACAAACACCAGCAGCAAUCCCAGUUCUGAAGAUGGUCAGACCAAAUGGGACCAGCAAGAUAAUGAGAGACAGAGUGCCCCACUGCUAAUUUUCCUUGUGACUUGUCUGAUCCUUGGCCUCCUGGUGGUGGUCAUUUUCUUCCUGAUCAAGCUGAGAAGAGCUCAUGUGAUCUGGAAGAUAGAAAAUGAAAAUUCUGAACAGUCAUUGGAGAGCAGUAGAUCAAAAUCAAGCAAUGAAGAAAAGCUCUCUCAAGAAAGGAAGCUUCAGAUUAGCGUUAUUAAUCCAGGAUAUCGGAAUACCAAUUUCACAAGAUACAUAGCUGAGGAACCUCCUGCCGAGGAUGCAACUAAUGCUCAAAGUGAAGAGACUGCCCAAAUUCAGAGGGACAACCCAAACCCCUGUGUAGUGACCACAAGCCAUCAGAUAAAGGAGACAGAACUAUAGGGGCUACCAUCAAACACUACAAGGGUGUGAUUGGCAGGUUUUACUGUACUUUUCCACAUGGAUUGUGUAAGUUAGCAGAUUUGUGCUGGACUUUACCAAGCUGCUAUCAUCUGGCAUUUCAAAAUCUUUUCCCUGCAAUUGAAUGAUGACUCCUGCCUGGAUCAACAUGGAAACCCAUGAAGACUGCUGAGAGGCUCCUACAGGAAUAAAAGCAAUAAUAGGGUCCUCAGGUCAAUCAGGCCAAUGAUUCUUUAAUGCAGACAAGUUUGUUUUGCACUGUGAAUGUAUUUUAUAGCAACUAUUUAUUUAUUUUACUGUUAUUGCUGGUUUAAUAAAUGCAUUUUAUAUUUUAGAAAAAAUGUAGAAUGAGUUCCUUGUAUGCAUAUACAUAAAUGAGUUUGCAUGUGUGAAUGUCCAAUAAGGACAUAAUGUUUUACCCAAUUUCUUCACACCUGAAUUGAGAAUAUGGCCAAUAUGAAUGAAUGGUGGCAGACUGUAGCUUGAAGCUAGCCCCAAUAAGCAGCUACAAAGACGUGAAUCCCUUAUAUUGCCAGGAAUUGUAUGACUUCGGUUGGUUUUAUGGCAAAAUCUCCCUUCUUGAUAGGUACCUACCACCACCUACUGUAACAAAGGUGCUCAUUGCAAGAAGUGAUUUUCCUCCCUUAAAUUUGAUCUUUUCAGUUGCUUACCCCUGUAUUACCUAACAACGAGCACAAGAGAU